UAAGAUGCACAUUCAAUCGAUCGUUCAGUGCUUUACGAGUUAACGUACAGAAACAGAAGAAACAAUGGCUCGAUUAUGUUACAUUGUGACGAUCAUGGGUAUUGCGUUGAUGUGCGGAGUUCUGGCGGAAGAAGUAGAACUCUACUCCAGUCGUUUUGACGAUAUUGACGCCGAUAGUAUCCUUCAGAACGAUAGAUUGCGUGAUCAGUACUACAAUUGUUUUAUGGGAUCGGCACCUUGUAUAACAGCAGAUGCGAGGUUCUUUAAAGAGAUUUUUAGCGACGCUCUCCAAUCUAAAUGUAAAAGAUGUACUGAAAAACAAAAGCAAAUGAUGGAUUCACUAGUGGAUUACUUUACAAAAAAUAAACCUGAGCAAUGGGAGGCUCUCGUCAGGAAGUCUAUUGAGGAUCUAAAAAAGAAGAAUGCUGAACGUUAACUGCUAACGACAAUUACUGAAAUAACCGAUAAAGAGAACGCGGAAAGAAUCGAAAAUACUAAUCAUCUAUAAAAUUAUUGAGUCUUCUAUAUUCGGAAUCAUUUCUUCAGAAGAAAGAUGGAUUUUCUAUGAUGGAUGCUAUAAUUAUUAGUGUAAUGCUUGUAUUGUAGUACUAUGCUAUGUAAUAAAAUGUAGAAAUAAAAUGUAGAAGUACAAUUAA